AUGGGAGUCGUCGGUCCCAUAGGCCUCGUAGGUGGGACUAAUGUUUUUGGAACUGGCCUCUGGGCCUUGAAUUUCCUGCUGUACGCCUCUAGCCUUGGGAUCACCUCAGUAGUACUACACAUGACAGAUAAUUCUAACCUAAGUGCAUGGUUGCCGAUACCCAUGUACGAGCAACAACUAACAUCCAUUGUCGUCGUCAACGGGAAGAUAGUCAACAGCUCGCAGGACCACAAGGACGGCAUGGCCGUACAAUUGCAGCUACAGCCUUCCACAGCGGGUCGGACCGUUUAUCUAUCGUACCUAAGAAACUCGGGAGCAGAAUCAACCGAGAAUACAACGUGGAACGGAAUCAGCUUCGAGCAGAAUAGGGACGGCACUCCUCUGCAAGUCUCAGACGACGAGCAUACGGUUCAGGUGGAUGCUAACAGUAUGGCUAACUUAUGCUACGAGACUCAGAAGCUGUAG